GUGGACUUUAUACAGAAUUCAUCAAUCAUACGUGAGCCAACUAAUACACCGUACGAUGAAGUUUUCACUGACGGCAUUGAACCACCACGUUGCUGGCCUAUAAUAGCGAUAAUACAAUAA